AUGAAAUAUGCCCUCAUGGGAAUGGCCGUCACUGGUGUAGGGCGCCUCCUGUGCGCUGUGAUGCAGAACCUGCUUGGGUUAGAAGUCUUUGCAAUCCUGAAUGUCUUCAUCGCCUGCUGCGCUGGUACCUUCCUCUUCAAAGAAGAUGAGCGAUUUGCCAGUGCCUACAAGUGCCUGGCCUCCAGCGUGUGCUCAACAUGCGCGGCCCAAGGUAUGGGCGGAAUCCAAUGCCUCAUGCCCUUCAUGAUAUUCUGUGUAGUGAACUGCGUGCUGGACCUCCUCCUGAGAGUGCGCCUCAUCACGAUCUUCCCAUUUGGCCUCUUCUUCGUGGCGAGCUGGGCGUGCCAAGGAGUUGGGGCCUACAAUGCCUGGGCGGUGUACAAGAUUGCACGCGAUCUGGCUCCUCAAGAGGGCACGGAGAUGGGUGGGGGUGGCUUCGUACAAGGAGAGCAGGCCGGCUUAAACAGCGACGCGCCCUCUUCCCAAUCGCAGGAAGAGAUGUUCGUAGGCGUGUGCUCUUUCGUUUGCAUCCGUCGUUGGCUGACAGGGCUUCCAACCAUUCACCGGAUCGGGGAGCCGUCUUGGUGGCUGAAACUCGUCUACAUUCCGCGCGUGAGGGAAAGGGCAUUUGCGAAAGAUUUGGAUUGGCGGUGUGAGAUGGAUGCGGCAUCCUGGCUGUCUUCCCUGGUGACCCAAGCAGAUGACGUGGAGACUCCAGAAGACCAGCCGGAAGGCCAGGGCGAUGCAGCCGCGCAGCGGGAAGCUGAAGCCGUUCCAGAGCUGCUGAGCGCCGGCUUUCCGAAAGCCCGCGCAGAGGCGGCCCUCGCUGCGAGCACUUGGGCCAAAAGUGCAGGGAAGGUCGGUGAAAGCGGUGUGAAAGCGGUGAUAAGGCUUGAAUUUCCACUUCGGACCUCACUCAUGCGACUAGUUGUGCGGCUUGGCAUCCUCAAGCUUGAGCGUGCUGAGGCCCUGGCCGCGCUGGCUCGGAAGCCUCAAGACGACGAGGCCGUGCAGUGUAGCCUCACGGAGCAGGGCGAGUUGGUGAUGUUACUCCCUGGAGAUUCCCUGCGCCCUGGACCCGUCGUCGGGCGAAAGAAGCCAGAUGGUGGAGUCCUAUUUGAUGGCAUGGACGACUGGCUCUGGGAGCUGUACGAAGGACAUCGCCCGCGGCCAAGCAGCCUGCCUGCUUCGUUCGACACUGCGGCCGCCGUGGCAGCUCUGGAGGAUGGAGCGCCAUAUGUUUGGGACGAUUUCGCGACCUUGGACGAAAUCAAGGAGGCGAACAGUGCCCUCGAGGACAUGUUCCAGAGGCGGGAGCUGACGCGGGGCUCCAGCCUCUGGGUCGAUGAGUGCGCGGAAGGCGGCCACGCUCGGAAUCGACGCGCUCUGGAGGGACAGCGCCGCGACGAUGCAUGCGGCUUUUGGGAUGUGCAAGGCGGGGAGCCAGCGCCGCCCGCGCCGAUCCUGCGGCUCUUCAGGCGCUUGGAGGCCGCUGCUGCCAGGUUGCGCGAAGAUCAGGGCUGGCCCUUGCUCUGCAGCCGUCUGGGCAUGGGCGCCGUUUACGACGGCCAGGGUGCGUGCUACGAGCAGCACAGAGACAAUGAAUGGCAGCUUCACCUCCGCCCCAAGACUCCGCGAGGCUUGGCGCCCGCGGACGUCACCGAGGCCAAGCGUAGGCGAUUGGACUUCGACGCGGCCAAAGGCGCGUGGAUGAACUAUAGGGAGCUGACGAUGUUGGCUUACGUCAACCUUCCGCAGGAUUUCGGUGACCAUGAAGCCGGGCGACGCUUGGGAGGCCGGUUGCGGUGCUACGUCGCCACAAAGCGCGGGGAUCUCACUGGUUCCACGGCGCGGGAGCUGAAGGAGCUGGCACCUUGUGGCGGGCGCGCCGUCAUCUUCCGCUCCAAGGAGCUCCUGCACGAGGUACUGCCCAGUUUCGGGAGACGAUAUUGUCUCACAUUCUGGGUUUGCACACCCCACGCCUGA